GAAGCGACUUUCCUUGAGAAAAGCCUAUCAUUCGGUAAAUCCAGAUAGCCUGUUGUAAUAAUCUGGUUUUAAAUAUAACAAACAUCUAAACUAACCGUUCGCUAAAUGUGCGAGGGGUUCAAGACGAACCCAUACAGAGUGACAACACCGCUCGUGAAUAUUCAAUCCGUGACACGAUGUCGCUCCUCGGGGCGCUUUAAUAGAGUUGGGACACCCAGCCCUUCCCUGAAGACCUGUGCAUAAAAUGAGCAAAACACGCUACUCGUAAGCCUAGUGCGAGCGACAGCUGCGCGUGUGGAUGCGGAGAUCUCCGUCGCGCUGCGAUGCGGUAACCGGUGCGGCGGCGCGUGCCCUGUGUGUGAUCCGAGCCGAGAACAGGACAGUGAGCUGAUGGAGCUGGGGUUGAGAGAACCGGUGGAACAGACGCGGGGAUUAUCCUUCUAGCCGGAGGGGCAGAGGUUUAAUACUUCCCGGAUUAAGUCUGUCGUGAUCGGCACGCGCUUCAGUGCAGCAGCGCCGGUGACUGCGGCGGGACUCCGACAGGUGAACGAGGAUAUAGAUCUAGACCUAGCCGCUUCUUAUUUAACCCAAUCCAUAAAUCCUCAAAGUGGUCUUUACUGAUGAGGUAGCUAGUUUACCUGUAUUUUGGGAGACAGGAUGCAGUUCUUCUACCUCUGACUCUCGAGGACAGAUCUGCCCCGUGUUCACCGAGGACUGUUUCAUAUGGGCGAAGCGAGGAGGCGCUUUCCUUCGUGUAGGACACGGGCUCGCUGUCAAGAUAACGGGGGGUCCGAUCCAGAGCGGGAGAAGCGAUGGGCCGAGCUGUUCGAUCAGCUGGAUCUAAAUAAAGACGGGAGGAUCGAUGUGACCGAGCUGCGCACCGGACUGACCGCCUGGGGGGUCGUGCGCACCGAGGUGGACGAGAUUGUACGUGUGAGUGACACCAAUCAUGACGGCCAGCUGGACUUUGAGGAGUUCACACAGUAUCUGCGCACGCACGAGAAAGAGCUCAGACUCAUGUUCCGCAGCCUGGACCGCAACAACGACGGUCACAUAGAUGUUGGAGAAAUUCAGCUCUCCUUGCGCAGCCUUGGAGUGAAUGUAUCCACAGAGCAAGCCUCCAGAAUCCUGCAGAGCAUAGACAGAGAUGGCACGAUGACCAUUGACUGGAACGAGUGGCGGGACCACUUCCUGUUUAACCCCUUGCACAACAUGGAGGACAUCGCGCACUACUGGAAACACUCUCUGAUGUUGGACAUCGGGGAGCAGCUGACGGUGCCGGAUGAGUUCUCAGAGAAAGAGCGGCGUUCAGGUGUGGUGUGGAGACAGCUCGUGGCCGGGGCGAUGGCAGGAGCCGUAUCACGAACGGGAACUGCUCCUCUCGACCGUCUUAAAGUUAUCCUUCAGGUCCAUGGCUCGAGUGGUAUGGGUUUGUUUGGUGGCUUGCGGGGAAUGGUGCAGGAAGGAGGACUGAGGUCUCUUUGGAGAGGCAACGGCAUCAAUGUCCUCAAGAUUGCACCGGAGUCAGCUAUCAAAUUCAUGGCUUAUGAGCAGAUCAAAUGGCUGAUCAGAGGCAGUAAGGACGGUGGCUCUCUCAGAGUUCAGGAACGCUUCAUUGCCGGAUCACUGGCAGGAGCUACAGCUCAGACUAUCAUCUACCCCAUGGAGGUGUUGAAGACGCGUCUCACGCUGCGGAAGACAGGACAAUAUUCUGGCGUGGCAGACUGUGCCAAACAGAUACUGCGUAAAGAAGGAGUGCGCACGUUCUACAAAGGCUAUGUGCCCAACACACUUGGCAUCAUCCCGUAUGCUGGCAUUGAUCUGGCUGUGUAUGAGACUCUUAAGAACGCCUGGCUCCAGCGGUACUGCAUGGGCUCGGCUGAUCCUGGCGUCCUGGUGCUUCUUGGAUGUGGCACGGUGUCCAGCACAUGUGGGCAGCUGGCUAGUUACCCGCUGGCUUUGAUCCGCACACGCAUGCAGGCUCAGGCCUCAGCAGAUGGCACUCCUCAGCUGUCAAUGGUUGGCCAGUUCAAGCACAUCAUGUCCCAUGAAGGCGUUCCCGGACUUUACCGUGGCAUUGCCCCCAAUUUCCUCAAAGUCAUUCCUGCUGUUAGCAUAUCUUACGUGGUUUAUGAGCAUAUGAAGAAAGCACUGGGAGUGGGAUCUUAAACUAAGACAGAAUCAGAGUGAAAAAGCAAGAGGGAACCUGUAUUAAAAAGAGGACGAUGAAACUUCUGAACCUCGUAAAAAGAGUCUUAGGGAGGCACAGAGGACCCCUAGAGAACAGAAUAAAGAAGACAUAGUCAAUGAAUGACCUAAAAACCUCUACAUUGUACGCAAUCACAUUCCCAUGGCAAUUUAUUCUUUAAUAGGAUGGAAAGAUCAUUUUGGGCCUAGGUUGUGUUCUGGCAGCUUGGAGAUCUCCGGUUUACUGCAUUACAUCUAUUUACCCCCUUACGAAAGGAAAAUAUAUUUUCCAAUAUAUUUCUUAAAAUAUAUUGUGAUAUAUUGUAAUAUAUUAUUUUCCCUUUUUAUUUUCUAAUAUUUUAUAUAUUUGAAUACAUUUAAUAAUAUAUUGAUGAUACAUAUAUAAUAUAUAAUAUAAUAUAUUGCAAAAUAUACAAAUGAUUGCCGCUUUCAAUAUAUUGCAAUAUAUUGGAAAAAUAAAUAUAUAUAAGAAUAUAUGCCUAAUAUAUUACACAAUAUUUUCCAAUAUAAUGCAAUAUAUUUUUGUUUCAUAAGGGCCUGCAGUUUCACAUAAACAACUUCUUAUCUGCAAAAGUUUUACAAGGAAUGAAAUGUUAUUUCUGUGGUGAUAAAUGUGGGGUAAUUGUGUAAAGAAAUCUCUAAAGGCAGGGAGUGAUGGUUACAUGUUUGUAUUUGUAGGAGGAUUAACAAAGGUUUUUUUUUCUUGUCUUUUUUUAAUGAAAACCAAAGUUUCCCUCCUAAAACUGACCAAAAUGUUGAAGAAAGUGUGUUAAUGUACAGAUGGGGAUGGGAUAUUUGGAAUAGCCUCUUCUGACUGAUGUUUCAUAACAUUUCAGAGUGAUUUACAAAGCAUGUUUCAGCAGGGAUUUACACUGUUGUACAGCUCAUAUAUUUUUGUAAAGGUCAGUGAGAGGUAAGCAUGUUAUUUGCUACAAUUUAUUGAUCAAAGGAUUUGCACUCUUCAAGUGAUUGUUGAAUUCAUAUCUUAAACUGACUUGUGAUGCUAUUUUAUGACAUCUCUGCUGCUUUGCUACUUAAUUACAAAUCUUAGGAUAUUUCAGUCUUCAUUGUUAAAGUGUAGAGUGAAAUACUGGAUUAAGUGUUAAACUGAAGUAAAUGGUAAAAAUAACUGCCUUGAACAACUUGCAAAUGGGUAUUAGAUCAAAAGUUUAUUAUAUUGAAUUCGGAUACUUUGUGUUUAUUAAGGAAUGUGCUGUGGUGAAUGCUAAAAUGUGUCUGAAAGUGAUUUCUGAAUCUAUACAAAGGGCUUUUGAGCCACAGGUAGUGCAUGAGGUCAGUGACUGAAGUGCUUUCGCAAUUUGCAUGUUUUAUGUGUUUCGUAAACUCUAAUCUAUAUAAGAAAUAUGCAAAGCAUGGUUAUAUUUAAAGCUGACAAGAAUUGUGUUUGUAACAUAAAUCAUGACUGAUGUUACCUGCCUCUGUUAGAAACAAAUUAUACUUUUCUUUUCUUUUUUUCAAGUAAUUGAACUGGUUAGUUGCAUCUAAUGCAGACUACGUUGGCACUAAAUAUAAAAAUGCCUGCCUUUAAUUUUGAAUAUGAAAUAUGAUUUUAGGUAUAAAUACUGUUUGAAUGUAGUUUUUUGAGAUAUGCAUUUAUCUUAGACAAAUAAUUACCUCUGAAGGUUGUAUUUUGGAACAGCAUUUACUUUUUUUUUUUUUCUUUUUGCUUGAAUGCAUUGCAUUGAGAGUAGUGUGCCUUGACAUGCUGUAUUCACUUUAUAAGAUGUGCAUGCUGUUUUUAUUGAGGCAAUGCUUGCUUUAAGUAUAACAGAGAAUAAAUAAAUUUAAGGUAAUUUAUGAUAAAAA